GAUUGAUUGAUUGUUUGAUUGAUUGAUUGAUUGAUUGAUUGAUUGAUUGAUUGAUUGAUUGAUUGAUUGAUUGUUCGAUGAAUCGGAUGUUUUGAAGAUGAAGAAUCUCUGAUGACGCUCUGACUCUCGUCUCCGGUGCAGCAUCAUAACUAUGGUUUUUGCUGAGUCAUCCCUUGGUGUGAAUCCAUCCCUUUACUCUCCAUCUUUCACGUAUCAGAUGUCAUUGAACUUUUCCGAGAGGGAAAGCCCUACCGUCCUGGCAACCCUACCCACAACCCCCUUGUGCAGCCUGGAGGACUCGUCCUCUGGCCGGGCCAACGGGACCCACGCCUCCUACGAACUGACUUCAGUCGAGGUCGCCGUCCUGGGUUUGGUGUUUGCGUUUCUCUGGCUGAUCUCCAUCCUGGGAAAUGCCCUCGUCUGCCUGGUCAUCCACCGGAGCCGACGGACUCAGUCCACCACAAACUACUUUGUGGUGUCUAUGGCCUGUGCCGACCUGCUGAUGAGUCUGGGUUGCGCCCCGUUCAUCCUGCUGCAGGUUGCCGCUGGACGAUGGCCGCUGAGCGCCGCUGCCUGCAAAGUUGUGCGCUACGUGCAGCACCUGUGUCCUGGUGUGCAGGUCUACGUGCUGCUCUCCAUCUCCGUGGACCGGUUCUACACAAUCGUCUACCCCCUCAGCUUCAAGGUGUCCAGGGAGAAAGCUAAAAAGAUGAUCCUGGCCUCGUGGCUGUUUGACGCGGCCUUCAUCUCGCCGUGCUUCUUCUUCUACGGUUCCACGUCCACAGACAGUCAUUGUGAGUUUUUCCUCCCACACAGCUGGGGCAGUGUCUCCUACGCAGUGGUUCACCUGCUGUUUGGUCUUCUGGUCCCAGUCACACUAAUAGUGUUGUUCUAUCAGCGGGUGAUCCGCUACAUCUGGAGAAUCAGCGCCGAUGGUCACACGGUGCGCAGGACGAUGAACAUCGUCCCGCGGACUAAAGUCAAGACCAUCAAAAUGUUCCUCAUGCUGAAUUCAGUUUUCUUCGUCACCUGGACGCCCUUCUACGUGGCCCAGCUGUGGCACCCGAGGGAGUCAGAGUCAGCGAGCAGACAGGGGUUGCUGUUCUUCGCGGCCAUCGCCUGGAUCUCCUUCAGCUCCACGGCGUCCAAACCAACCCUGUACUCCGUCUACAACGCAAACUUUAGAAGGGGCAUGCGGGAGACCUUCUGCAUGUCGUCCAUGAAGUGCUAUCGCAGUAAUGCGUACACCAUCACGGCGAGCUCACGCAUAGCCAAAAAGAACUACGUGGGGGUGGUGGACAUCCCAGUGCAAGCAAAGACCAAGGACCCGGUUCACGACACAUUUGGUCGAGAGGCGAAGGAAAAGAAAGUCGCGUGGCUGACAAACGCCAACCCACCAAACACUUUUGUGUAAAUGAGCUCGGACGAUGUUCAAACUGUUUAACAAACCAGUGUGAAACUCUAUUGAUCCACGGCACGCCAGCUAGCAGGAGGUUAACACGCUAGCUCUGUAUUCACAGACACACAACGUGCUCAGUUUGUACCGUGGGCUUUUCUCCCAGCAGCCAUGUUGGAGGCUCUCAAUGAUUUUCUACGUCAGAUUUGAAUCGUAGUUGAUUUCUGUGCAGUGUUUCCGAGGAUCGUUUUGUUAUUGAUGCAUCAGAUUCUGUGUUUUGAUAAUGUUAGCUUGUUAGCUAGCUAACUGUAGUCCGUGGCCAUCUAUCAGUGAAACGUUGUUUCGGAUUUUCUGCAGUGACGCAUGUGGUCCAAGCUAACGCUAGUUACCGUUAACACUGACAUCACCGCUUUGCUGCAUAACUGUAAUGUAACGAGUUUUCCGAGCAUCGAACGGUCCCGGUUCCAUCGUUCGUACAAAAGAUGAAGUGAAUGAAUCUAACACAAAAUAAAACGUCUGCUUCUUUCAGAAAAACCUGAGAUUGAAGUGAUUUGAUCUUAAACACAAAUAAAGAUGACGACUCCUUCUUCUUCCAGAAGUGAAGCCAAGAUAUCUCCGAGACAAACGCUGCCAUCUUGUGGUGAUGACAUCAUUUACAGUGGAGGCGUGGUAUGGAGGCCCCGCCCAUACACACCCUCGACCAAUAGUCAAUAUCAGCUGUCAGUCAUGACGUCGCAGCCGCCAGGGGGCGGUCCAGAUCUUUUGGCUUCAUGUCGUCCGUCUUUCUUUAUGAACUUUUGAUUCACAUUCUGUUGGGAAACAUCUGUUCUGUUCUAAAAGGAUUUUCCUGCUUUAAACUCGAACUGAAUCAGAAUCACGUCAUAGAAACGAUCGAAAGACGUUUUAAUUUAAUGAUAAAUUCAUUUUCUACUUCAGCUGCUGGUGACACACGAUUAGUUUGUACAUAAACAGAGUAUUGUGAAUUGUGCUGAAUUUCAUUUGAAUACAGGCUGUUCUUCUUUAACAUUUAAUAUUUAUUAGUUAGUCUCCGUCAGCCUGGGUCCAGAUUUCUGACCAUGAUUCAAAGAUGUUUUUUAUUGUCUGG